AUGGCUGCUUCUUCAAAAAUUAAAGGGAAUUAUCACAUCUUCCUGAGCUUCAGAGGUGCGGACGUCCGGAAUAGCUUCCUCGGGCAUCUCUAUGCAGCUCUUGACCAGAAAGGAAUCUACACUUAUAUUAAUAGCGAGGAGCUCCAGAAAGGCAAGCUAAUAACGCCGGUGCUUAUGAAGGCGAUCGAGGACUCGCGUAUUGCGAUCAUCAUUUUCUCUGAGGAUUAUGCUUCCUCACCAUGGUGUUUGGAAGAGGUGGCGAAAAUCAUGGAGUGCAAGGAGCGAAGAGACCUCGUGGUCUUUCCACUAUUUUACAAAGUGGAACCCCGAGAAGUGAGAACGCCAAGACAGAGCUAUCGAGAAGCUAUGGUUAAACAUGAGAGCAAGUUUGGGAAAGAUUCGGAGAAAGUGAAGAGAUGGAAGAAGGCUCUCUUUGAUGCUAGUAACUUGUCCGGGUGGGAAUUGAACGAUAAAGGAUUUGAGGCUUCAUGUUUUUUGGCAAACGUUCGUGAAACUUCAAAAGAUUCCAAGGUUUUGGUUCCUUUGCAAGAAAAAUUGUUGUCCGAGAUACUACUGGGAAAAGUGUUAACAGUGUUUAGUGUUGAUAGAGGUAUUAGUUUGAUUCAAGAUAGACUUUGCCACAAAAAGAUCCUUCUAGUUCUCGAUGAUGUUGAUGACGUAAAACAGUUAAAUGCUUUAGCUGGAACGCGAGAAUGGUUUGGUAAAGGAAGCAGAAUCAUCAUUACUACGAGAGAUAAUCAUCUAUUAACUCUCCAUGGGAUAGAUAAAUAUCAUAUCUAUGAAGUUAAAACUCUAAAGGAUUGGGAAGCUCUUGAACUUUUCCGUGAACAUGCUUUUCUUAGAAGUAAGGACAUAGUGAUAAGGAGGGAUCUUGUGGAUAGUGCUUUGCAUUAUGCUAAUGGACUUCCUUUAGCACUUGAGGUAUUAGGCUCUUUCCUAUGUGGUAGAAGAGAACAGGUGUGGGAAAGUGCAUUGAAUAAACUUGCUAAAAGUCCCGACAAAGCCAUCAAUGAUGUUCUCAAGUUAAGUUACGAUGGACUAGAGGACUAUGCAAAGGAAAUAUUCAUUGAUAUUGCACGUUUCUUCAAGGGGCGAUCUAUAGAGUACAUUAUGAAAGUCCUUAACAGUUGUGACUUUGACACAACUAUUGGAGUACAAGUUCUUGUUGAGAAGUCCUUAAUAACUAUUGAGAAGCCCUCCAUAGCUAUAGAAAUGGAGACACUACAGAUGCAUGACUUGAUUCAGUUGAUGGGCAUGGAUAUUGUUAAACAAGAAUGUCGUGAUGAUCCUAGAAGACGUAGUAGGUUAUGGCUUUGUGAAGAUGUCCGUGAUCUUCUAUCCUGGGAUAUGGGAACAAAUGCAAUAAAAGCCGUAGUUUUGAAUUUACCCAAGACAGAAGCAAUAUACAUAGGUCCCAAUGCUUUCGGAAACAUGAGAAGGUUGAGGUUGCUCAUCAUGAUUAAUGUGCAUAACUCUUUCCAAGGUCCUAUCUAUCUUCCUAAUGAACUGAGAUGGUUUGAAUGGCCUGAAUGUCCUCCUUGGGUUCCCAAAUUUUCCCCUGGUCCAAAGAAGUUAGUUGGACUUGAUCUGCGCAAAAGCAAAAUCCAAGUCAUGAUGGAGCAAUUUAAGGUGCGUAUUUAA